AUGUUGCGAACCGACCUCCCCAUGGUGCCAAAAUCCCGGGAAACAUCCUCCCAGACAGGUAGCGAAUCGACCUCAACAACAGAAUCCACGUCCACACCGACAAGACUACAAGUCGUAACCCAGCCCCGCCGAUUCUACAGCUCCAUAGACGGCGGCACGCGAGCCAGCUCCCCAGGAUCCAUCCGCAGCGCAGCAUCAGAGGACGAAGACUCGGAGUCAGACCUAGAGCUCACGCGCCGAGGCGCCGUCCAGACGCUGAACCUCUGCUCGCACGUCAUCACCACACUCGAGCUAACUCGACUGCGCAAGUCGCGAACCGGCCUCUUCUACUGGACCGCCUUCUGGGAGCGUCUCUACGAGCGACAAUUCGCACGCACGCUAGCCUCGCGCGUCAGCAGCGCUCUCGCAAAAGUCGACACCCUCUUCCGCGCAGUCUCCACAGACCUGCACCAGCUGACCCAGGGCAUGAUACACGCGGCGACAGUCGCCUCCUCCGACAAAGAAAUUCUACACAUCCUCGAGCAAAUGGAAGACGAAGUCGGCGUGCGACGCCGCCGGCGCCGGCGCCGCGCACAGGCUAUCCUCAACAAGAUGCGCAGCAGCAUCGAGACGAUCCCCGUCAAAGUCAGCGACGACCUCUUCGACGACAUGAAGCGCGGCAUCUUCGCGCUCGACGCCUUCUGCGACUACCACCCGGGGGAUCCCGUCGCCGAGGCGCACGAGGCCACCUGGUCGGAGUUCUUCGCCGUUCAUCAAACCACGGGUCGGACGGCCGUCUCGCCCUACCUGUAUCGACAGUGGCAGCAGUCUGGGUCGUCGGGGGCGUACCCGCCUUUGGAGGCUUAUACGAGCAAUAACCUCUACGUGGGAUAUGCGGAGGACUGGGUCAACGCGUCAAAUGAGCACGGGUAUGAUCCGACGCAUGUUAUAUGA